GGGCUGCACGGGAGCCCCAGUAGGUGAUCAGUUACCUGGUGUCCGUUUCUGCCCACUCCUUUGUCGUCGUUCUCCAUCUCUGCCGCCUGCUUCUCUCUUACCUACCAUAGCCACCACCUAGCCGAGUUGCUUCUGACGUUCUGCUUCCGAAAGCAGCGCGAGAGAGAAAAGGGCGUCGAGUUCAUGGGCGGCCACGGAAAUUGUGAUGCGUCUGCAUUGACAAGCUACCAGUAGUCCGACUUUCACGUGGGAGUUGUCGAAAAGGGAGGGGGAAAAAGAGGAGGGAGAAGCCCGACAAGAGAAGCGAAGCUUGCAAAGCUGCCAUAGCCGCGUAGCUAGCAGCUGUCUACCACGUCUCCUCCUUUGGAUCCCACUGCUCGGACCGCUCUUCUUCUUCUUCUUCUUCUUCUUCUUGUCGGAUCGCUUUGUUCUUGUCGUCGUUCCCCCUUCCUUCACAAGUUCAUAAGUCCGACCUGCAGUCGGAGGGCAUACAUAAUCUUUUUUUCUUUUUUUUUUCUCUUUUUUUCUUUUGGUCGUAGACAGACGAGUGUUUCGUUGCGAGCUACAAGGGGUAAAGAACAAACAUAGAAAGAAAGGGCAAAAGGGGCGAUCUUGGAGGAAGCAGCAGCAGCAGCAGCAGCAGCAAUGGCGCGGCCGGCGGACUCUACGCGACUCGCUCUCUCGUCAUUCUUGCUCUUCUGCUUGGCAGUCUGGACUGCCGUGAGCGGUCGUCUCGUCGCUGCACAGUAUCCGUAUCCCGGCGCCGCAGCGUCCACGACCCCUCCUCCCUACUACUAUUAUCCUCCUCCUCCCCCUCCAGCUUCAGCUAGUUAUUACUACUACGCGCCGCCGCCGCCGCCCAAUCCUUUCGCAGAGCAAUUGAUGGCCGAGCUUCAAGCAGAGCCUGAGUUUCAACGGUUCUACGAGGCUCUGAACAUGUCGCGGAGCAUCGAUAUGGUGAAGGGCUUGGUGAACAGCGGCGUCACCCUCUUUGCGCCGGUGAAUGGGGCUUUCGACGCUCUGGGUGCAGUGUACACGGAGUGCAUGCUGAAGAGACCUGGGAUGGACGACCUGCUCCCCUUGAUUGUUCGUUUCCACGUGGCGACGGGCAACUUCGUCAAUGCGCAGUUGAUGACGAUGAGCUCGGUGCAAUCCUUUUUGGGCUUGCCCAUCCCGCUUACCCACGCGGCGGCCGGAGGACUGGUUCUUGAUGGCCAGGCGACUGUGACUGGCCCCGACGUGAAGAUCGCUGUCAAUGCCACUGUCCAUACCAUCGACACCGUGAUGGUCCCGUACACGGCAAGGCGCAUCCUGGAGCUGUUGUGUUACAACGCGCCGCCGUCUUCGCCAGAAGAAGCGAAUCAGGUUGCCAUGUGGCGCAUGACCGGCGGUGGUUAAGGUCUGGCGAUGGCGGUCGAUUGACUGCAGAGUAUUCGUCAGAAGAAGAAGAAGAAGAAGAAGAAGAAGAGAACGGGAAAUGGGAUGGCUAUGGGGGAUGGUAAGAUGGAAUACGAGCAGCGGGUCCUAGGUCACGGCUAUGGUGGUUGCAGCAAGACCUAAUAAGAGCAGCGAGUGAAGAAGAUGUGUGAGGAGCAGGAGGAGGAAGUGGAGUGGAGGGAGAGAAUGAUGAGGAGGGGGUGCGAGCGAAGCUGCUUCCUUGACUGCUCUUUCUUUCUUCUUUCUUGUUAUUGUAUCCCGUAAUCCGCUUCUCCUUCCUCUCUUUGCUCAUUUCCUCGAUGUCAUUAGCUCCAAGUUAUGGCUACCGACAUGCAGGCAGGCAGGCAGGCAGGCAGGCAGGCAGGCUUGCAGUCACGCAGGCUGUCGCCUUACGCCAUAUCUCGUCCAGAACAGGCAAUGCUGAACGUAGUGACCUGUCACUCGCGUACACGUAUACCCUCAACACACCCAAAGGCCUCUUUUUAUCUGUCGUUACUUCCGCUUGCUCAGCUGCACACACAGGCACCGCCUCUCUCUAUCUCUCUCUCUUCUUCUUCUCCCUCCUCUCUCCCUGUAGGCAUAAAAUACCCGGCCAACUUCAACAGGGCUACUCAAUCUCUGCCACGUGGCGACCUGCAAGGUAUCUCAGGCUCUGUUGUCGGGCAGCAGCUCUGUGUUCCUGUCCUGUCACUUGUAUUAUGACUCUGUUCACUCCACUCGAUCGGUAGACUGCAGCCAACUGCAUGUUCCCGCGGCUACGUUGUCUCAAGAGGCUCUGUUGCGCGCCACGUGUCUACGGCUCGCUCGGCUCCAGCUCUUUUGCUCCGCAAAAACGCGCAUCAACGAAGGCUGCAGCCAAUUGCUGAUCGGCAUAGUAAUUGCUGUUUGUUUUUUUUAUUUUCCCGCGAAAUGCAACUCUCUCCUAGAUGAACGUAAUCUUAAUCUUAUCCUUUUUCUCCAGACAGAGGACAACGUUCUUUUCGGUACGGACAAGCAUUUGGCAGGAAAGACGAGCUUGCUACUCAACUCUGUCACAGUGCAUUAGCGUAAUUUUGCAUUUCGCAUUGUCAACGAACUUGUCGUUUCUUCUUCCCCUGCCGCCAUAGCUACUGCUUCAAAAAAAUAAGACGACGACGCCGAGGCUGUGGUGCGUAUUAGCGACUGCAAUCAAGCGCGCUCUCACGCGCUCGAUCGAGAUGGUUGAGCCACGCUGCAUCGAAGGACGAAGAGAGGAGGAGAGAGGAGUCAGAAACGUGAGGCGAGCUGGUAGCGGCACUGCCGUUGCGGUAUGCACAACUCGUUGGCUUCUGACAGCACGCUUUGAGGACGAGCAAAGCAACCCGGAGUAGGAGAUGUCGGCAGCUCCUGUUUGAUGCUACGGGAUUGAAAGCAGGAAUAUAUAUAUGUAUAUAUAUAUGUAUAUAUAUAUGUAUGGUGUUUGAUCGGCUACGGGAUUGGCUGCAGGAAGCUAGGGCGAAGUUCUAGCAUGAUAGUUGGAAGAGGGUUCCCAUUGCAACAACAGCUGUAGUGACGUCGGCUCAGUUAUUUCUCUUGAUUGGUAAUCAACUGAUUAGAUGGAAUUGGAUAUUAGCAUUAUAUAUAUAUCAUAUAUAUUAUAUAUUAUAUAUAUAUCGUCACAAACAGAACUGCCCGGUAAAACCGUAGGCAGAGAGAGAGAAGAGGACAACAAACGAGGGGCUGUGACAAACUGUUUCGUCGGAGUUGCACCGACUCAUCAGGAGGCUGAAUUGGUAGCGAUCGGUGUUGCCUCUGUUCCCUCUCUCCUCUAUGCCACUUUUUCUUCCCCUUCUUACGCACCCUCCCCCAGAGUCCGGGCCCUCCGAGGAUCACUCCGGGUAGCAGUCGGCUGACUUUCGUGGUUGGCUUUGUUCGUCAGCUUUUCUUUUUUUCUUUUUUUUUCUGUUUGUUGUUUCUUCGUUUCAUUUUUUAUUUUUUAUUUUUUUUUGUGGUAUUGGCUCGUGAGCCUUAGUCGGCGAUUUGUUGUUGUUCGUUUAUUUACGGGCGAGGGGGAAGAACGCGGGGGAGCGGGAGGGGGGCGAGUUGGACCGGCGGAAGCGCGUGAGGAGAGUGGGACCGGUGGAAGCCUCUGCGGAGUGUGCAUUGCAUUGCAGACCAGAAUAGGAGAUUGGCAGAAGACGGACAUUUAAGCGUUCAAGUAGGUUUUUGGAAAAGGAGUAAUUUCUGAGUUGUGAGUUGAAACUUCUGCGGGUCCGACGACGACGCCAUGCAGCCAUGCGUCGUGCGGGGUCCGACGACGACGACGACAUGCAGACACGCAUCGUGCGGGUCCGACGACGACGACAUGCAGACAUGCAUCGUGCGGGUCCGACGACGACGACAUGCAGACAUGCAUCGUGCGGGUCCGACGACGACGACAUGCAGACAUGCAUCGUGCGGGGUCCGACGACGACGACAUGCAGACAUGCAUCGUGCGGGCGGGCCGUGCUGCCCCAUGCAGGGUUCUAUGAUAAUAGAGCAGUGUGGAAUUCCAAUUCCGGAUUUCAUGUUCUGAAAAUUCCUAAUUCCACGGUUUCCACCGCUCCUUCCCUAUUCGUCUCUCGCCAAUGACAAAUCUGUUUAUUUUCGUCCACGAUGUUGCACGAAUCG